AUGGUCUGCUCUGCCAUGGCGCAGGUGCAUCUCCUAGGUAAAGGAGCUGGAACUUUCGGCGUUGGCUUCAACAAUGGACGUUUUGCUGGAAAAGGCUAUGGCUACAACCCAUACAAUAACUAUGGCUACAGUGGAUACGGUAAAGGUGUUGGCAACGUUGGCGUUGCUGGUACAGGCUAUGGCUACAACCCCUACAACAACAACUAUGGGUACAACGGCUAUGGCUAUGGUAAAGGCGUUGGCAACGUUGGUGCCGGAAAAGCUUACGGUAACGUCUAUAACCCCUACAACUACAACAACAAUGGCUACGGUAAAGGUCUUGCUGGUCACGGAGCUGGUCUUGUAGGACACGGACCAUUUGUUGGACACGGUCCCUUCAUUGCUGGACACGGCCUUUACGGACAUGAUGGCAGCUUUGCUGGACAUGGACCUUUCGUCGGAAACGGUGUUUAUGGACAUGGUUGA